AAAAGACCAGACCACAAUGCUAUCACUCCCGUGUCGUCGCACUUUAUAUACACCCAACGCACCCCAGAAUCCAUCAUGAUCGGAGAUCGUUGAUUCCUCAUUGGCAAACAUCGGCCGACUUGGCUGAUGGUUUCUCUACUUCCCAGGCAACCCCAAAUCUAGAAAGAAAAUCUGUUAGCAACCACUUCGCCGGUGAGAAGUCCGUUCCGCAGCCUUCUGCAGUCCCCGAAUAAUUCAUCUUAUUGUGCGCCGCGGGAAGUCUGAAGGCACAGUGCGCGAGUCGAGGUGCGUGACCUCGAGCAAACCCAGAGCAGUGGAUUCUCGCCUGACGACGCGUUGCCAAGUCUCACCACCAAGAGUUGUAGCAAGCCGAAGCUGUCACCGCCUGUGCCCGUGCUUCGACCCAAACAGGGUUCUUAGGGCCUGGCAACAACUCCCCCUGCAACGCUCCAAGGACUCCACGGAUGACGAAUUCACCCAGCUGGGGCGCUGAUUCCCGCGUUGGAGAGUGGAGCACGAUGUCUUCUUCGAUCCACCGUGAACAUUGGCAUCGGUGCAACACGCGAAAACUCGCACUCCAAAAAUCAAACGCGGGGAAGCAGAUCAUACCGAUGGACACCCUCGCUGAAGUAAUCUGCUUGGCCUAGGCCCUAGAUCGGAAAUCAGGCAUUUGACCACCAUCUUUGCCGAGUAUUCAGUAUGUGUGAAGUAGUAAGUCAGACAAUUAUCAAUGAUUUUGGGUGUUCUUGUUAUCCUCCCUGUAUCCAUUGAAAUUUCCAAGCAUUCCCUUGCAGCAAAGCGCUAAUUUGGCGUGGACGAAGACACCACUGUGUGGACGAAGAGUGAUCGGACAUCACAGACUUCGCCGUUGAUCGGGAAUGUUCAUCCGGCGAAGUGACACUGACAGGUCGGCGACUGCCGGUAGAAUCAGUCGAUACCAAUGCCAUGGUUUGAGUCGCAACAACCGAAACCACGCGGUCUUCUAAAUGGCCUUCGAGAAGAAUCACAUCACGGAACCGUCUAUUAAUG